UUACCCCUUAAACAAUAAGAUGGCUCAGAGCCUCAGAUAUAAUUAUUAGGGAAAAACUAUACAGUCGUGAUAGCUUUUUGGUUCUAUAAUUACAUUUUGUUCCAUUUGAGAGCAACAGAAAUUGUUAUCGAACUCUAACAAUCUUGUCCAGUUAGUAGAUGUCUUCAUUGUGUGACCUCUCUAUUUUGGACUGCUUGAAAUCUACUGAGGAACAUUUCUAAACUUAAAAGCGCGCCUUUAUGCUGCGUCGCGUUAAUGAAUUGAUUUUGAAUGCCUCUUUUGAUGCGAUGAUAAAGAUAUGCUGCGGUAAAGAUGUCCACAAGUAUAAAUAUUUCGUCGUUUGUAGCUUGUUUAUUUUUUGAUCCUCAAUUCACAAAAUGACAAUGGAUCGUAUCUUUAUUCUCGGUGGCACUGGUAACAUUGGAACAAGACUUGUACAAGACCUAUUGAAGAAGAAGGCUAGUAUUACUCUUUAUUCCCGCAAUCCUUCCAAGGUUGCUUCUCUCUUCCCAGAUAAUGAUAUCCAUGUCAUCGAAGGUGAUAUUCAAGAUGUAAAUAAACUCAAGGAUGCAAUGCAGGGCCAUACUCGUCUCUUUUUACUUUUGGGUAUCCAACCUGGCUUUAGUAAAACCAAAAGAGUCAUUUCAGAAUUUGCUUAUAGAGCCAGUAUUAAGCAGAUUGUAGACAUUUCUUCAAUCACUUCUGGUUACCCUUGGCGAACAACUCAUGUAGGUGAUAUGUAUGUGGAAUCUGAAAAAGCUAUUCUUGAUAUCCCUAAUCGAGGCACAUAUGUUGCACUCCGCCCAGGUCGGUUUAUGUCUAAUGUGCUUGUUUUUGAGCGUCUUUCCCCUGAUGGUAUAAUUUAUGAUACAGCAGAUCAAGACAUGCUCCAAGGAUGGAUUUCUCCAAAUGAUAUUGGCUCAAUUGUUGCCAAUAUCUUGACAGAUCCCAUUGAGAAACACGGUGAUGGUUGCUAUGAGCUUAUUGGCGAUACUAUUACACCUAAGCAACGGGCUGAUAUUUUCUCUCGAGUUUUGAAUCGAAGCGUUGUAUAUGAACAAAUGUCUGCCUUGGCCAAGUACAACCUUCUCACCAAAUUAGGUACUGCUCACUUAAUUGCUUAUGAUCUCUGUACGCAAUCGUCAACCCGCAGUCCUUAUGACAGAGUCUCUACUGGUAUUCCCAUUUUGCUCAACAGAGACCCAGAAACGUUUGAACAGUUUGUACAACAAAAGAAAGAUUUGCUGGCCAUCUGAGAUGUAAAACAUAGUUUAUACAGUCACGAUUGAAUAAAUAAAAAAUUUUUGCAUGUCUUUAAAAAGGCCAAAAAAUAAACACUCCUUUCUUUCUUCUUCUUUUCACUAUCAUAACAAUUAAGGUAAGCAUUGCAAAGAUUAAGAAAAGGGUGAAGAGUGUUUCGCUUUGAUGAGUUUGAUCAUGCACCACGCAGAAUCAUUUUUGAUGAAAAUACCUUCAACAAAUUAACCUGAGCUAUGACAUGAUUCACCUUUUUUAAUCAAUAAUUUCUAUUUGAUUUUAUUUACUAAUUCUAUCAUAGACAAUCUAACUCUGUUGGUUGCUUCUGAAUUUAUAAAAAAUAAAAACCUUUUUAAAACAUACUUUUU